CGAGGGCGCAGGUGUAUCGCGCGGGCUUCGGUGUGCAGCGACUGAUGAUGAGACGCCGCGCUUGUGGCGUUCUAGCGGAGGGACGUCAGGGCGUGUCAUGCGGUGGCGACGGCGCGCUCCGGUGGCGCUGUGUUGUGGCGUGGCGAACUUCGGCAUCCGUAGGUUGGCAGUCGGCCCCCACCAACUUUUGUUGGCUCAACUUUUGUUGAAGAGCUCUCGUAUGCAUUUCCAGUCUGUACACUUGCGUGGCCAAUGUGGGUGUAUAUCGCUGCGUUCCUGUGCCGGGUUGUGGUCUGGGCGGGUCGAGGGCGUGGUGGGGCAGCGGCCCGUAAUUCCAUGCACGGGAGGCUGGCUUGCGUGGCCAGUCGAGUGUGCGCGCCCUCUACGAGGCCAUAUGCGCCUCGUUGGUUUUCGCUGUGUACAGCAUUGGCGUCGUGUAUGGUGGCUCCGGGGACUGUGCAGUUAGCCCUGGGCGGCCAGUUUCUGGCCUUCGAGCGCCCCGCGCAACUUUUCUGCCUCGAGCAUGGCGUCCAGCCUGACGGGCAGAUGCCCUCCGAUAAGACGAUCGAGGGCGGCGACAAUGCCUUCAACGCAUUCAUUUCGGAGACGGGUGCUGGCAAACACGUUCCGCGUUGUGUGAUGGUGGACCUUGAGCCCACCGUUGUGGACGAGGUCCGCGCCGGCACGUACCGUCAGCUGUUCCACCCUGAGCAGCUGAUCUCCGGGAUAGAGGAUGCGGCCAAUAAUUUUGCGCGCGGCCACUGCACGAUCGGCAAGGAGAUCGUCGACUUGGUCUUGGUCCGCGUUCGGAAGCUCGCCGACAUCUGCACAGGGCUCCAAGGGUUCAUGAUCUACAACGCCGUGGGCGGAGGCACCAGAUCUGGGCUGGGCUGCCUUAUGCUGGAGCGCCUGUCGGUGGACUGCGGCAAGAAGACCAAGGUCUCGUGCACGGUGUGGGCGUGCCCGCAGGUCGCCACGGCGUUGGUUGAGCCUUACAGCGCUGCGCUGUGCGUGCACUCGCUGCUGGAGCACACAGACGUCACUAUCAUGUACGACAAUGAAGCUUUACGCGACAUCUGCAGGCGGGACCUCGACAUCGAGCGCCCCACCUACACGAACCUGAACAGGCUUCUGGCCCAGAUCAUAUCCUCGCUGACGGCGUCGCUGCGCUUUGACGGCGCCCUCAACGUGGACAUCGCGUGGGAUGACAAGUUCAAACUCCAGGAGGUCAUCUUGCAGGCGCGUCGUGGCCAUUGGGACCUCGCCUUCCUCUCUGACGUGCACUGUCCGUACGAUGAAGUUCGUGUAAUGGUAGUGGAAGAGGUCGUGAUUGUGAUGGCCAGCCAGGCUGUCACCGUGAAUCUGCUGGGGCGUCCAUGGGCGUCUUUCCGCGCCCGUCUCGGCGAGAAGUCGCCCCCGCCAGCGCCGGCCCGCUUGCGGACUGACCGCGCGCGCGGGCCUUCGACGAGUGCGCAGCAGAAGCGGGGCGAGUACCUUGCGGAGGCUGCCCUCAUUGAGUAUGUGUGCCAGGAGGUUGAGCAUGCCAUCUCGCAGCGGGACACGGGCAAAAUGCACCGCCCCCUGCGGGAGCUCGGUGCGUGGCUGAAGGGCUUCUCGUUCCAGGAGGCGGGCCCGCUCACCCCGGAAGAGGCGCGAGAUCACUUCAGCAAGAUUGGCGGCGAGCCCAAUGACGACGCGUGGCAGGAAGAGGCGGUCCUCGAGGGCGUGAUCCACCUCCUGUGCAAGGGUAAGGGCUCGCGCUGUGAUCUCGACAAGUACCGGGGCAUUUGCUUCCUGUCUAUCGUGUCCAGAACCCUCGCGCGUGUUCUUGCCCUUCACCUGGCUGCUUGGGCAGAGCGACGUGACAUCCUAGUCAACGAGCAGUUCGGCUUCCGCACCUGGCGGUCUACGCAGGAUGCAGCCAUGAUCACCCGGAUGGGCAUGCCAGAACACGUUAUUGAAUUGCUGCGCCGGCUGCGCUCCACGACGCUGUGCGCGGUGAGUCCUCGCGCUGACGAUGAAGCUGUUCUGGAUUACAUCUUUCGUAUUAUCGGUUUUGCGGACGACGCGUCCGCUUGCGCGCUCUUCCGGAGGGCCGCGGACGACGAGGCGCUCAUCGCGGCCACUCUUGCAGAGUACGGCGAGACUGCGCACCCUGACAAGUGGGAACGUAUGCGCGUGGGGCGCCACGGCGACGCGGUGCCGGCCGGCUACGCCGGCUGGGCCAAGUUCUCGUUGCCCCGGCUGUCCAUAUCGGCGCGCCAGAUGGGUCCGAUUGUGGAAGUUACUGUGGUGACCUGCUUGUUCUAUGGAGCCGAGGUCCGGCCAUUCUCGAAAGCAGAAUUGCGUCGUUACGCAAUCUUCCUCAAUCGCAUUGUGCGCUACAUUACAUGGGACCCCGACUCCGGCGGCAUCAGGGAAAUGGAGGGGCGAGGCGGUUGCGCACUGGGCUCCGGCCCCCAGAGGAAUGCGCGGCAAGACGGCAGCUUGGGUAUGUGGGCCAUGUCGGCCGUUAUCCGUCGACGCGCGUCGAGGCGCAGGUUCCCGGUUCUGCCUGCAAUGUGCGUCGCAGUCAGACCUCCACCGCGGCUGCGGGGCGCAAUUUUGGCCGAUGCAUAUUGCGGUUGGAUCGCGAGGGUGAUGAAGCGCACCGACGUCCCAGAAGACGACUGGCCGACCGCCUGGAAGGACGUUGCAGCUGCCAGGGGGGCCAGAGGAGCCCAGUGGCGCCGCGAGGUGUGCAAGGAGAUCGCCCACGAAGCGGCCCAAUAUACUUGGGCGGAGCGGCGCUCGAAAGACAAUCCGGCGGAGGAGGUGACUGCCCUGCUCGAGAUAGUCGUGCGAACCCUCCGGACUGGCAUUCUGAAGUGCCCCAAGUGCUCGAACGAGUACAGCGGCAAGAGCAUCUACGUCCACCGGCGGGGGUGCACCAGGCGCCGGACCAAGCAGGCCAAGAGGACGGGUUUGCCAGCCGCUGGCGAAGUCAAGACCACGCGACCCACGAUUGCCAAGAGGCCGGCCUCGGCGGCAUCCGCUCGCCGUAGCGAGCAGUGGUGGUGGUGCCCGUACUGCGAGACGAAGCAGAAGGGCCCGACGCACUGGUACGUCUGCCGCUGGGCCCCUGAUGAGGUCUGGCGCGGUCAUGUGGAGGCCGAGCAGGCGCGGGCAUACUCUGUAGGUGAUGGCUACGUGGACAGAUCGCUGUACUAUGUGUGGCGUGCGUUUCCCCUCAGUGCGAGCUUCUGCCGGCCGCGCCACAUGUUGUUGGAAACGCAGGGGGCGAGUGGGUUUGUCGGUGCGAAGCACUGCAUUUUCUGCUGCUUCACGUUCUACGCUAUGUACAUCACCACGUUCAUUGGCAGCAUCAUAUACUUCGCCGUUUACUUCGUCAUUUACAGCACGUACAUCACCACGUUCAUUGGCAGCAUCAUGUGCUUCGCAAUUUACUUUGUCAGCUACUUCGUCAUGCGCCCCCCUGCGGGGGGGGGCCAGCGCGCGCCGCUGCGCGCGCUCGAGGAGGUGGUGGAGGCUGUUGUCCGGCUGGGGAUUUCCCACGACCGCAGUUUGCAGGCCGUCCAGGACAACGCCAACCUGGUCUUCUUGUUGUGCGAGCAGGCCGUCAAGGACGAUAUCCAGACUAUCCGCGACACUUGGAAGGCGAACGAGCCCGACGCCGCCAAUGCGCCGCAUCCGAGUGGCCAGCCACAGCGCCUGCUUGUGUGGCGCGGGAUUAUCGUAGCCCUCCGGGACGCAUGCAAGGCAGAGCCUCCUGCGGGGCAGCCUCCGGAGGCGUGGGUGGCCGCCCGGGCGGCCACGGCGUCGCUGGCCGACGCGUCGAUGGCGGCGGCGUGCGGCACCAAGCCCAAGAGCCUCUGCCUGGUGCCGCGGCGCUCGGAGGACGGCCCGCUGGUGGACUCGCUCGCGGAGUGGCAGCGCUUCCGAGGCGGCAAGGGCGGCGGCAAGGGCGGCGCCAACGGCGCGUGGCACCAUGAGCUGGUAGUGCUGUGGGGCGUACUAUGGGGCCUGAUCCUCUCCUUCAGCGCGCGCGCCAUCUCCGGCGAGAUCGAGAGCGCCAUCUUCGACAGCCGGUUUCGCGGGCUACCUUCCAGGGUGGAAGGGCGCCAGCGGCACGUGGUUGACGCGGCUAACGAGGCCCUGGCGGGCGUGGCUCUGGGCUGGAGAAGUACCUCGCACGAGGGGCUGUCUGCUGACCAGGGCCAUGUGCUGACGAGGCCGCGGCGCGGCCCGCGCGCGGGUGCUUAUUUGUUGGUCGGCACCAACUACCAGCCGCCCACCGUGGUCCCUGGCGGUGACUUGGCGAAGGUGAUGCGCGCGUGCUGCGUGAUUAGCAACUCCACGGCCAUCGCGGAGGUGUUCUCCCGCAUCGACCACACGUUCGACCUUAUGUACUCCAAGCGCGCGUUCGUCCACUGGUACGAUCUGGCUGCGCUGGAGAUAGACUACAAGGAG